AUGAAGCCAACUACAGUAUUGGUCGUUGCCUCUUCCCUUACGGGCCUUGCCUCUGCAUUACCCUAUAUGGGUCCUGGUCCAUUGAAAAUGAGACAGCAGAUGACCUCCGAUAACUCAACAUGGACUGAUCUGAGAGGAAAGGUCAGCAUUUCUAUUGAGCAAGAAGCUUGGCUUAUGGAAGCUGACGUCCUACAGAUCAAGCACGUCGUGUAUCUCAUGAUGGAGAACCACAGCUUCGACAACAUCGCGGGCUAUUGGGACUUCAAUGAUAUCGAUAAUCUCCGUAACAUCACCUACUGCAACCAAUACACCAACCCAAACUGUAUUUUGAUCAUGCUGACGUAA